UGGGCAUUUGCAAUUACACUUACUCCGUUGAGUUACCUAUGAGUAUUCAGUCUUUAGGUUAGAUUUCAAUUGAAAGCGUUUUAAUUGCAGACUUUGUGAAAAAUAAAUCAUUAACUACUAAUUUCCCGCAGAUUUUUGAGCAAUCCGGCAUUUAGGUAUCCCUUGAACAACGACUUUCUUAAUAUUGCUUUUAAGGUGUUCAAUCAUUUUGUAAAAUAAUUACAUUUCUGAUGGACAUUAUUGAGCUUCCCAUCAAAUACACGUCGCCAUUGAAUAUUACAUUAUGGGCUGAAUAUCUAAGUCAAUAUUCAAUUGUUUCAAAGGAAAGGAUAGAAUCAGAAUUAGAGGAGUUUGAGAAUUUAAGAAGAAAACUUUGCAUCAAGUUACCUUCUUUUAGAGACCAGCAAGUUGCAAGUGUAUACCUCGAGAUGCUUGACACUCUUGAGGAAAAACUUGCAGGAGCAGCUCCUUCUUGCUUUACAUGGAGUUUAUCUUCUUCACCAAAUCAGCUAGAAGAGUUUUAUGAUGUGCGUUUCGAACACGCCAACUUCAUAUAUAGGUUGGCAAACGUAUAUCAAGCCGAAGCUAAGGCCAAUUUACUUAAACAAGAACCUAACUUCAUUCAAGCUCAUAAGUUUCUACAAUUGUGUGCAGGAUGCUUUAGCUAUAUAGGUAAGCACUGUCUUUACCCCGGCUCUUUGGAUUUCGAAAGUUUUCUAAUUAAAGGCUGGGAGCAUUGUUUUCUGGCACAAGCUCAGUCCCUCGUGUACCAAAAAGGGUUGUUGACGAAUAGUAUACGAGAUUCAGCACUUUCUAAGAUAGCAGUCGGGAUUGCUAAGCUGUACGAUGAUGCUCACCAUUAUUUUGAAAGUUCAAUAGGUGCCCAAAGUUACUUUGUACAUAUUACCUUUCUUGAAUCUUUAUACUACCAUUCAAGUUCUUUCUUUUAUCUGGCUCGAGAUGCUGCUAGCAAGCAUAUGUACGGGAACCAGAUUGCCUUUCUUGAACUUGCCUCACAUCAUUGCAAGAAGGCUUUGAAAAAAAGGUUUGAUAUACCAAUAUCCAUAAAGGUUUAUGAAAACCUGGGAACACUAUCGUCUGUAUUGGAUAAUCAACUUCGGCAAGCAAAGCGCGACAACGACUUUAUUUAUCUCGAGCAGGUUCCUUCUAUGCAGGAUAUCUCUGAUUGUGAUUCUGUGAUUAUGGUACAAUCAGUAAUUCCUGAAAUAUUAAGCAAUCCAAAGAAGUCUUCGACUUACUUUACUUCUAUCGUUGAUUCUGAGACUCGAAGAAGAUGUGAGCAAUUUUAUAAAAAAGCAGAAACCGUAUUAAGGGUUCGUGAUGCUGAAAUGUUGAAUAUGUCUACUAAGGGAGAUGAAAUUGUAAAUGGUCUUAAAAACCGGAUUGCUUACUAUUACUGUAAUGAUGAUGAAUCUUCAUUGAAUAUACAGCCGAUUGAGGAAAACUACUAUAAAAUCAAAGAUUCCGGUGGGCAUGAACUUUUAACAAAGCAGGCUGCUUCUUUAACGACUCUAUUUAACGAUAUACUGAUUACGUUUCAGCAAUGUAAUGAUAUUUUAGAUAAUGAAAAAGAAAGAAAUGAUUUCUUCAUAUUAAAAUACGGGACCGAUAGAUGGAGAAGAGUGCCGAGCGAAAUUGCAUCGAAAGAGUUAAAAGAUGAGUUGGAUUCAUUGAGAAUCAAUCUCAUAAAUAUGGAAAAUACAAUAAACGAUACUAAAAAACUUUUUGAAAAGAUUAAUCCAGUUUACAUUACAACUAAACCUGAACUACUUAUUACCGAACUUUCACCGAUAGACAAGUCAUUGAGCUCCCUCGAAAGGAGUCUUUUAUCAACCUUGAAAAAUCACUUCCAAAGCUGGGAAGAUUUAAAAGAUAAAAGAUCGCUAAUUCGUUCGUACAAAAUUGAACCGCAAUACUUUUUUGAGUUGACUUCUUCAAAAGCUGCCGAUCCAAGGGUUCUGAUAUCUAAGUUUGAAAAACAACUUGAUAAUCUUUGGAACCUAAAAGAAAAAAAGUGGACACAAAACAAACUGUUUGACGAGAUGAGCAAAUUAGUUGACACUUUAGUCGACUCAUACAAUGAAAGACAGAGCAACCAAUCCAUAAAGCAUCUAUUACAAGAAUUAAAUGAAACCUAUCAGCUUUAUUGGGAAGUCCUAAACGAAAUUGAAAUUGGAAUUAAUUUUGGAAACCGAUUGCUUGAUCUCUUAAAGAGAAUUCAAUCUAAAUGUGCAGAUUACGCAAAUCAAAGGAUGGAAGAAGCAACAUCUUUGAUAGGUAAAAUAUCUGUCCCUGCACGUCAACCUUUCAAUCCAAAUAUUCAUCAAAUCAGAUUCAAAAAGUGACAAAGAAGAGUGAGCUCUUUGUGCGCCCUAAAAGAGGUUAUUCCAAGUUUGAUCUUAAAAAAUCACUGAAAACCCAAAUAAAGCAGUUAAAACUGCUAUAUCAUUGAAUUAAGAAUCAGGAUAAAGCCUUCAGAAAGUUGAAAGUUGCGAAAUAAAGUAUAUAUAUAUCUCAACGCCUUUUUAGCUAUCGUCCUUGUGACCUCCAGCAUCUUCAAAUUUAUUAAAAGUAUUAGCUUGUAAUGGGUUGAGAAUUCCCUGAUUUGAUUGACCGAGACCUUGUCCUUCAUUCCAACCAAAUUUCCGCAGUAGGUGCUUUCCAUAAUUUUUCAUUGGUUUAAAUUUAGGUAGAUCUAGCGGAGAGUCUAAAUUUUGAUUUAAUUUAGACAACGAAGGAUCAGAGUAAAUUGGAUUGCUUAUAGUCGCGUCCUGUAAAAGGGCCGGAGGAGGACCAAUUCCAGAUUUGGAAGACUGAGCUAGUCCUGCGUUCCUAGCCUCUAAAGCCAGGGAAGGACUUUGCGUAAUAUGUAAGUUCCAUUCAUAUUCAAGAGCUUUUCCGAACUCAGAAUGUUGGUAAUCCUCAUAAUUAGUCGGGGUAAGCGGGUUAUACAGCUCAGACCAUACUUUCUCUACCUCGAAAGAAGAAAUUAAAGUAUCAUCAUUCAAUCCAAAAGAUGACUGUGUUUUCUCUAUAGACUCAACCGGAAAAUUGGAGGGAGUAACUGCACUUGGUGAAAUAUCAUUCAAAGAAGCAGCAGGAGCAUUGUCAUUUGAUUUAAGGGUUGGAGAAAAUGCCGUAUUCCAUGGCCUCUUGAGUUGCUUUUUCUUAUUUGGUUUAUUCCGCCUCAUCAUAGGCAUAAAAUGUAAAGAAGAUGGGCUGUAAAUAGGUUUAACAGAAGAUGGAUUUGAUUCCUUUAUAUCCAAGGGAGUUGAUGCUUCAUAUUGGUCGAAAUUAUUUCCCUUUUCUUUGGCCUUGGUACUCUCUUCUGUAAUCUCAUCGAGUGACUUUGAAUCUAUUCCUUCAUAUAAAGAAAAAGACAUUUUGAAACAGACUCGGUCUUCAUCAAGCGUUGUAAUACUAUAGGAUGCUCGUAAAUCGGCGAUAGAAAAUGAAGUUUGGAUUGAUCUUGCC